CCCUCCGCCUCUUCUUCUUCUUCAGGCGGCGGCGUCGGCUCCGGCGGCUCGUUUCUCUACAACAACCGAAGAGGUCAGGUCCUCCACAUCUCUCAGCUCGUCAAAUCCAAUGGCACUAGGGCUUUUCUUGUCGACACCCUCGCCCUUGUGAGGAGGUUGGAGGCUCAGGGAGUUCCUUCAAAGCAGGCGGAGGCCAUCACCUCGGCCAUCACCGAAGUUUUGAAUGAUAGCUUGGAGAAUGUGGCGCAGUCGUUCGUCUCCAAGGGGGAAAUGCAAAAGAGCGAGAUGAUCCAAGAUGCUAACCUCUCCAAGUUCAAGUCUGAAGUGCAGAGCUCGCAGGAGCACCAUUUCUCUUUGUUGCAACGUGAGACUGAAAAGCUCAGGGGUGACAUUGAGAAGAUGCGUAGUGAGUUAAGGUAUGAGAUUGACAAAGUCACUGCAGGGCAACGCUUGGAUCUGAACCUUGAAAGAGGGCGCAUUAGAGAUGAGCUAGCGAAGCAGAAUGCCGAAACUACUGAUCUGACUAACAAGCUUGACAGGGAAAUUCAUGCCUUGAGGGCCCAACUGGAGGCGGCAAAAUACGACGUCAUAAAAUACUGCAUUGGUACCCUUGUUUCAAUAUCUGCCGUCGGCCUUGCUGUGCUUCGCAUUCUGAUGUAAAAGACAGUUAUUCUUUACUUGAUUGAUCAAAUGGGAUACCCAUUUUUUUUAAAAAAAAAAGGAAAACCACAAUCCAUACAUUGUUUUUGAAAGCAAAGUAGUUGUUGGAGCUUGUAACAUUUGGUAGAUGUUUCUAACAAUUCUUAGAUUGCUUAACAGAGAGAGCUUGUAACUGAUUACUCGUAAGCAUUUGUUCUUCUUCUUCUUCA